ACACAGAUCAUCGGACGGCCAGGAAGGAAACCCUACCUCCCGCUAACGCCUCUAUAAGUGCACCGCGCUGAGAGACAAACCCUACUCCCUUGCCUCUCCUCUCCAGCGCCGCCGCCGCCGCCGCCGACUACUUGCGGUCCCUCCGUCCUCUGAGGUAGGGUCAGCAUGGUGAGGGUCAGUGUUCUUAACGAUGCCCUUAAGUCCAUGUACAAUGCUGAGAAGAGAGGCAAGCGGCAAGUGAUGAUCCGUCCCUCUUCAAAGGUUAUAAUCAAGUUUUUGCUGGUCAUGCAGCGUCAUGGUUACAUUGGUGAGUUUGAGUAUGUGGAUGACCACCGUGCUGGAAAGAUUGUGGUUGAGUUGAAUGGAAGACUGAACAAAUGUGGUGUCAUUAGCCCUCGCUUUGAUGUGGGGGUUAAAGAGAUCGAAGGAUGGACUGCCAGGCUGCUGCCAUCUCGCCAGUUUGGCUACAUAGUGCUGACAACUUCUGCCGGCAUCAUGGACCAUGAGGAGGCACGGCGGAAGAAUGUCGGAGGCAAAGUUCUCGGUUUCUUCUACUGAUGGGUGGGACGUGGGAGUGUAUGGAUAUUUACCAACAAACUGUGUUUUUUACUGUCUGAAUAGCCUGGUCUGUCUUGUUAAGAUUCUGAAAUCCAUUGUGCACUUUUGAAUUGGUGGGAGCCUUAUUAUGAGAUGUGCCUGUUCGAUUUUGAUGGUUGUACGUAUAUCUUGACACUUCACCUCUGACCGUCUCUAAUAAAGACUUGUGUUUCUUCUUUUGCUUGAA